CCCAUUCAUUGUAGAAGUGACAGGAGGUGGUGUCAACGUCGCGGUGCAGUGUGGACAGAGUGGGUCGGGAUCAGCACUUUGAAUCAAGUCGUUGUGUGACACUAGUCGUGAAACAACAUGAACACCGAACCUGUUGUCAUCGUUUCUGCUGCACGGACACCAGUCGGGUCUUUGAACGGUGCUCUGUCUGUGGUGCCUCUUCAUGACCUGUGCUCAGUGGUGAUCACAGAGGUCCUAAAGCGAGCUGCUGUGAAGCCAGAUGAGGUCUCUGAGGUGAUCAUGGGACACGUCCUAACAGCAGGUACCGGCCAAAACCCAGCCCGUCGGGCCAGCGUUGGGGCGGGUAUCCCCUACCUUGUCCCAGCAUGGAGCUGCCAGAUGGUGUGUGGCUCGGGGCUGAAGGCUGUGUGUCUGGGAGCUCAGUCAAUUCAGACGGGCGAGUCCACUGUGGUGGUGGCAGGAGGGAUGGAGAGUAUGAGCAGGGCUCCUCACACAGUGCAAAUGAGAGCAGGAGUAAAAAUGGGUGAUGCAUCGCUGCAGGACUCCAUGGUGGCUGAUGGCCUUACAGAUGCCUUUCAUAGCUACCACAUGGGCAUCACAGCGGAGAAUGUGGCAAAACAGUGGGCUGUCAGUCGGGAGGAGCAGGACCGGUUUGCGGUCCAGUCUCAGAACAGGACGGAGGCUGCGCAGAAAGCAGGACACUUUGACCAAGAGAUUGUUGCCGUCCUGGUGCCAUCCAGAAAAGGUCCAGUUGAGGUGAAAGUGGACGAGUUUCCUCGUCAUGGUAGCAACAUGGACAGCAUGUCCAAACUUAAACCCUGCUUCAUCAAGGACGGCAGUGGGACCGUCACUGCUGGAAAUGCUUCAGGUAUAAAUGAUGGAGCAGCAGCAACUGUGUUGAUGAGCCAGUCAGAGGCUGUGAGGCGUGGUAUCAAACCAAUGGCCAGAAUUGUCUCAUGGGCUCAAGCUGGCCUUGACCCAUCAAUCAUGGGAACUGGACCAAUACCAGCCAUUAGGAAAGCGGUCGAGAAAGCCGGAUGGCAGCUGGACCAGGUCGACUUGUUUGAGAUCAAUGAAGCCUUCGCUGCACAGUCUAUUGCAGUGGUCAAGGAGCUUGGUCUGAAUGUCGACAAAGUGAAUGUGAGUGGCGGUGCCAUUUCUCUGGGUCAUCCUAUCGGCAUGUCUGGCUGCAGAGUGCUGGUGACCCUGCUGCACGCUCUCCAGAGGACUGGAGGACAUAAGGGUGUGGCAUCCCUCUGUAUUGGAGGUGGGAUGGGCAUCGCCAUGUGUGUCGAGAGGGUUUAAGAUGAGGAUUCAAUCCAUUUUAAAGUUGAUAAGGGAUACUGAAGACGAAAUUGUUUACACUACAGGAUAUAGUAUAACUUAAAGUUCACCCAGAUGAUUAGAAUUGCUGUACUUUUAAAAGUGAGUGUUAUGUUAAAUUGUCAGUGCCAUUCUCACUGUGAACACUUAAUUCAGCCCUCCUCAGGUUUUAGCUUUACAGCAUGUGAUCUAAAGGAUUUUAAAUUAUGCAAAUUAUGUACCAUUAAAUAAACGAGUGCUAAAUAGGUGCCAUUCUGCAGCUGGGAGUUGUAAGAAUGCAGCUUAAAACUGUGUUUUAGAAUGCUUUAAUGUAGAGCAAGGUCUAACAGUUGGUGUUGAUAACUAAUAAGUAUUUGGCAAUUGGUGUAAAAAUCUGUUACUGAUGAACAUUCCUAUAUCUUGCAUUGUGGAUUACAUGGAGCUAUAUCUUGUGCAGACAGCUAAGUGCCAUAAGGUUGAGUGUGCUAACCUUCUCUAACCUAGUGCUUCCUAUGUUUUGCAGUGUCUGUCAAGAGUUUUCCUGUAAUCUAGCUGUAUGACAUAUCAAUAAAGAAUUAGAAGCCA